CACUACCCAAGGUGGGAGGACUUCGGAGGAGGGUACAGUAUUGACUCCCUCUACUUAAAUAAGAGAUUGCACAUAGAAGUAGAGAGUAUGGGGGACUGAACUGCAUUCAAUAACCCAACAUCACGGAGGGAAUUCCCUGACAAGAACGCACUAAACGCGAUUGGAGUGAAUGGGAUAAUACACCGCCAAUGGGUAGAUUGUCGGUAUAUCGCGUUCUUGGACCUCAGUGAUAAACAGAUGUCGGUUUUCUCUUCGCCAUUCAGAACCUUGGUUCGGUGACUCACUCUUCGUUAGUUAAUUUGCUGGAUCUCGUUGCCUGCCCGGUGAGGAGAGGAGUAACCUACAUAAUGAAGUUCAAGCCGAACCAGACUAGGACUUAUGAUGGCGAGGGCUUCAAGAAGCGAGCGGCAUGCUUGUGCUUCAAGAAUGAACGUGAAGAAGAGGUGUUGCUGGUGAGUAGCAGUCGGCACCCGGACCAGUGGAUCGUCCCAGGUGGAGGGAUGGAGCCGGAGGAGGAGCCCUGUGGCGCAGCAGUCAGAGAGGUGUUUGAAGAGGCUGGAGUGAAAGGCAAGUUGGGACGUCUGCUAGGUGUGUUCGAGCAGAACCAAGACCGAAAGCACCGAACGUACGUUUACGUAUUGACUGUGACGGAGACAUUGGAAGCAUGGGAGGACUCGGUCAACAUAGGUCGUAAACGGGAGUGGUUCACGGUGGACGAGGCCAUCAAAGUCCUGCAGCACCACAAGCCGGACCACGCUGAGUACCUGAAGCGGCUUAAUCUCAGCUGCUCCCCAACUAACGGGAACUCCCUGCUCCCCAGCCCGCCCCCUAAUGACAACUUCCCCCGUUACGGCCCCCCCACCACGGGAUCUGUUCUGGGCCCCUCGCGCAGAUAGGACUGGCCCCUUCCCACGCCCAUGAACUAUCUUCUACCUGUACAGAUACACUGAAAACGGACAUUUUGCAUGA